UUGAGUUGCGACAUUGGGUUUAAUAACGACCUGAGAGUGCAUAUACUAGGACGCCGCAAACACAUAGUCGAUGCGAUCCAACAGUCAAGGAAAUUGUUGUUUUUUACAAAGGUAUUUACGCUUGCACCCUAAUUCCAACCUCGCAAUCCCCUUGGGAGCUCAGAAUUUUGUGAACUUGACCCUAUCACAUACCAGUGGUGGGCUAAGAGAAGACAGAUCGAUAGCCCAUACCGUGGUACCGUUUCUUCUUACGGCUACCUUCUCAUGAUAAUCCAUUUUCGGAUCAAAGUGGUUAACCACCCUGUGUUGAUCAAUCUGCAGAACACUACGAUCCCGGAAGACGCACCGCCUGACCAGAUAUUUCAUCAGGGUGGCGAAAGAAGGCAUCAUGUUUGGUAUGCUAAAGAUAUCAUAAAUCUUCCCAAGACCAUGAACCAAAUGCAUGUCGGCCAGAUCCUACAUAGCUUCUUCGAAUACGGUUCACAUAGGUUCCAAUGGGGAAGAGAGGUCAUCUUCCUCCGGACCCAAGGCGGCAUAUUUAAUAAGUAAGGUAAUGGUUGGGUUACGGCUGUUGCUAGGCCAGGCAGGAGCGGGCAUACGCGGAUAAAAGAUAGACACUCGUUUGCCAUAGUGGACCCUUUCGAAAUCAGCGACAACGUUCGCAGGAUCUGCAAUCCCACCGGAGCAGACAAGGUUCGUGCAGAGUUC